CAACUCAGGGAACAAUUGUGAAGGGAAAGGCAGCAGCACUUCUUCUCCGUUCUGGAACGAUGGAACUUUUGAUGCUGGAAAACUUCAUAGAUGGGAGAUUUUUACCUUGUCACUCGUAUAUAGAUUCUUAUGAUCCAUCCACAGGAGAAGUGUACUGCAAAGUGCCAGAUAGUGGAAAAGAAGAGAUCGAGGCUGCAGUGGAGGCGGCCAGAAAGGCCUUUCCCAGCUGGUCAUCCCGCAGCCCCCAGGAGCGCUCCCAGGUCCUGAACCGGCUGGCAGACUUGCUGGAGCAGUCCCUUGAGGAGUUGGCCCAGGCAGAAUCUAAAGACCAAGGGAAAACCCUGACGAUGGCAAGAACUAUAGACAUUCCCCGGUCUGUGCAGAACUUCCGGUUCUUCGCUUCCUCCAUCCUGCACCACACGACAGAGAGCACACAGAUGGAUCACCUGGGCUGUCUGCACUACACAGUGCGGACUCCGGUAGGAAUCGCGGGUCUGAUUAGUCCUUGGAAUUUGCCCCUCUACUUGCUGACCUGGAAGAUAGCUCCGGCCAUCGCUGCUGGGAACACUGUGAUAGCAAAGCCCAGUGAACUAACUUCAGUGACUGCGUGGAUGUUGUGCAAGUUCCUGAAUAAAGCAGGUGUUCCACCAGGUGUGGUCAAUAUUGUGUUUGGAACAGGGCCCAAGGUAGGUGAGGCCCUGGUGACCCACCCAGAGGUGCCCUUGAUCUCCUUUACUGGGAGUCAACCCACAGCUGAGCGGAUCACCCAGCUGAGUGCUCCCUUCUGUAAGAAGCUCUCCCUGGAGCUGGGGGGCAAGAAUCCUGCCAUCAUUUUUGAGGAUGCCAAUCUGGAGGACUGUAUUCCAGCAACUGUCAGAUCCAGCUUUGCCAACCAGGUCAGAAGUUACAUCAAGAAGGCUCGUGCUGAAGGGGCCCAAAUCCUGUGUGGUGAGGGGGUAGAUAGGUUGAGCCUGCCCCCCAGGAAUCAGGCAGGCUACUUCAUGCUUCCCACGGUGAUAACAGACAUUAAGGAUGAGUCCUGCUGUAUGAAGGAAGAGAUAUUUGGUCCAGUGACGUGUGUUGUCCCUUUUGAUAGCGAAGAGGAAGUGAUUAGAAGGGCCAACAAUGUUAAAUAUGGGCUGGCGGCUACGGUAUGGUCAGGCAACGUGGGACGCAUCCACCGGGUGGCUCAGAAGCUGCAGUCGGGCUUGGUCUGGACCAACUGCUGGCUGAUCAGAGAGCUGAACCUGCCUUUUGGGGGGAUGAAGUAUUCUGGGAUAGGAAGGGAAGGAGCCAAGGACUCUCAUGACUUCUUUACUGAAAUCAAAACCAUCACAGUUAAGUACUGAAUUUCGCCCAUGGGGAAGC